AUGGUGGACAAACUACCAUCCCCUGGGAAAAGCCAACAGCUCAAAUCAGCACUAUGGUGGAAAUUCACCAAAAAGGAAGUGGAAGAUGUGUUGGCUCGAAUGGAGCGAUUAAAGUCCCUCAUCAAUUGUGCCUUGAUGAAUGAUUUGAUCGCUUUGUCAAAGACUAUCCAUGACGACACCCUGGUCGUUAAACAACAGACUGAGCGAGUGCAGUCCCUUUUGGAACAGGACUUACAGAACAAGCUAUCGCGCUGGUUAAGUAUACCAGACCCAUCCGCAAAUUACCACACGGCGCUAGGAAAGCGACACCCAGAGACGGGCCAGUGGCUCCUCAACGGCCAACAUUUCGCAGCUUGGAAAAGCUCGACAUCUUCACUGAUGUGGCUUCACGGUAGCGCGGGCUGCGGCAAGACAAUCUUAAGCGCCGCGUCACUACACCAUAUUCUCCAACACGAAAAGCCUGACACAAUAGUGAGCUACUUUUACUUUGAUUUCAAUGAUAUAGAGAAGCAGUCCUCAAACAAGGCGAUUCGAUCGUUGCUAUUCCAGAUCGCAACACAGGCCACGGUCAUCGCCCAUGAGCUUGAACUGUUGUAUGGAAGAUGCAGCCAUCGACAGCGGCAGCCGGCAGAGGACGUUAUUCACUCAUUGUUCAGAAAGGCAAUGGAUACCCCACGUGAGAAGUAUAUCGUCUUAGAUGCUCUGGAUGAAUGUACAGACCGCGAAGGACUGUUGACCUUUCUCCGAGAACUGAUCGCCUCAAAACCACGGGACCUCCGUGCGUUGGCCACGAGUCGGCGUGAAAGAGACAUUGACGACGAGCUGAGCCCGGUUGCUGAUUACAAUAUUAAUAUUCUUCAAAGUGCUGUUGUGGACGAGGACAUUCGUGUCUAUAUUCGUGACAGGAUGGCAACAGACCAAGGGCUAAAGAAGUGGCCAGACCCGGUGCAGACUGAAAUAACGACUGCACUGAUGGAAAAGGCUGAUGGCAUGUUUCGGUGGGUGUUUUGUCAACUGGAGUCCAUUCGCCAUCGUAUCCAGUUAAAGACGCUAAGAAAAACACUGUCAUCCCUACCAAAGACGCUCGACGAGACAUAUAAUCGAAUCUUACCAGAUCUCGAAUCAAACGGGCAACUUGAGAACGCUAUCCAGGCUUUACAAUGGCUUUGUUUCUCGAAACGCCCUCUGCGGCUAAUAGAAAUGGCCGAGAUCCUCGCCAUAGAGACUGGCGACCAAGGAGGAUUCAACCCAGAGGAACGGCUUCCUGAUCCGAUGGACAUAAUGGUUGUCUGUUCCAGCCUGAUCAAUGACGUCGCCUCGCUUAAUGGCGGUCGUAAAGAUUCUUACAGGAUACAGAUUCAGCUGGCUCAUUUUUCUGUCAAGGAAUUUCUCCUUUCUGGUCGUUGUGCAUUUAACCUUGAUUUUCGAUCAGAUACCUGCCACGCCGUUAUUGCAGAAAGUUGCCUACAUUAUUUCCUCCACUUAUGUCAGGAUGCACCAGUGACUAGAAAGCUCUCCAAGCAUUAUCCUCUGUUAUUUUAUGCAGCAGAAGAAGACAUAGCCGAGCCACUCUACUGUAACAGAGCACUUCAGGGUUCGGUGUGCACGUGCAACAACGCACAGAGGCCUGUCCAGCAGAUCGGGAAGCGAGAACGCGUUUCUGACCUCUGCCCUGCCAGUCCACCACCAGCCCAGCACGGCCACUUCGCCUUGUUACACUACUACGUGGCAAGCAUAGGUGUGGCAGCAGUUCCUGAAAAGAUAUUAAGACGAAAUAUUGAUGUCAAUGCUCAAGGAGGAUUCUGUGGUAAUGCACUACAGGGGGCAUCAGUGAAUGGCCAUGAGACAGUGGUACAGAUGCUACUAGAUGCUGGGGCGAAUGUCAACGCUCAAGGGGGGCUCUGUGGUAAUGCGCUACAGGCGGCACGGCUGAGUAAACAUGAGACAGUGGUCCAGAUGCUCCUAGAUGCUGGUGUCAGAGAGCAGUCGAGUGGUCGGCGACCUCUUGCGGAAAGCGAAGACCGGACAACAAGGGUUGGCUCUUGCAUCUACAAGGACUAG